AACAUAACCUCAUAAAUGUCACACUUUAAAAUAUUUUUUACAAUAAUAAAAUUUUACAGCGUAAUUUUAAAUUUUUUAUCGAAGUUAUUUUAUACGAAUUACAAAAACACGAAAAUCGUCCAAAAAAGCAACAAUUUCAUUAUCGUGGAUAAAGCGUACGAUUUAAAAAUCAACAGCAACAAUAAAAAUGAACUAACACUUCAAACUUACAUGAAAAAAAAACUUCCUUUACUAGCCUCGAACCAUUUACAUCAUGAGUACUACUUUGUGCAUCGUUUGGAUUAUUCCACAAGUGGCUUAAUGUGCAUACCAAUACACAAAGAAGCAUGUCAAGUGGCAUCUAGAGCCAUUCAAGAACGCCAGUGUAAAAAGUAUUAUGUGGCGCUAGUAAGGGGUUAUCUAUCUUCAAAUUUACUUGACCUCAAUUUCCCAAUAGGAAGGGAUGACAGCGUGACGGAAAUUGAGAAAAUGUGUGUACAGAACAAUGGUAGAAGCGCUAGAACGCUUAUUGUGACACUUGAAAGUGGACUGUUUGACUGUUAUCCUACCACAAAAGUACUAGUGAGGCCUAUUACUGGGCGCAGACAUCAAAUUAGGGUACAUUGCUCAAAUAUAGGGCACACAAUAGUAGGCGACUAUACAUAUAGUAAUAAAAAAGAUGUAAAACCGGCGAGAAUGUACCUACACGCAUUGAGAUUGGUUAUUCCUAAUCAAAUUGAAAAUAUAAACGUGCAUACCUGCGAUCCGUUUACUGAGAAUGAAGUCCGUCUUUGGAACCCGCUUUUUCGACGUUAUAGCGUCGCCGAAGGUUUAGAAAAAAUCGACGCGUUUUUAAAGUAGACGUAAAUAUACUUUUAAACCAU